AAGGAGGGAUAGAGGAAGAGGAGGACGUUGAAGUGUGCAUAAGAAAGCAGCUCCUCCCUCCCGCUGUCUGCGGACCGGACGGCAGCAGCAGAAAAGCACCAAUCAGCAGGAAAAUCGCGUCUAAUUUGGGAUUUAACUCGAAGUGAAUGAGCGAGUCUUCACCGGAGCACGGACCUGCGCUGCCCUCACUUCACUGUGCCCCCGUACCCUCUGUGAACCGACCGACAUGCUCUCUCUGGGGCUCGCCGUGUCUCUGCUGGCCGUGUCCUGCGCGCUGUGGCCGGCUGCGGUCCGGGCGGCGUCCUGCGAGACUGUGCGGAUCCCGCUGUGCCGGUCCAUGCCCUGGAACAUGACCAAGAUGCCGAACCAUCUCCACCACAGCACGCAGGACAACGCGGUGCUGGCCAUCGAGCAGUUUGAGGGGCUGCUGGGUACUGGUUGCAGUCCGGAUUUGCUCUUUUUCCUAUGUGCCAUGUACGCGCCAAUCUGUACUAUUGACUUCCAGCAUGAGCCAAUCAAGCCCUGUAAGGCAGUGUGCGAGCGGGCGAAGCUCGGCUGUGAGCCGGUGAUGAAGCGUUACAACCACAGCUGGCCCGACAACCUGGCCUGCAGCGAGCUGCCACUCUAUGACCGUGGAGUCUGCAUCUCUCCUGAGGCCAUCGUCAAGGCAGACGGACCAGAUCCAUACCACCAGGACCCAGCCAGGUGUAACCCAGAAUCCAGUCCAGACUUCUCAAUGGACUUUCACUGCAGAGGACCAGAUGGAGAUAGAUGCAGAUGUAAGUCAGUCAGAAUGAAUAUGAGAACCUAUGAGAAGAACAACUACAACUAUGUGAUCAGAGCAAGGGUCAAGGACGUGAGGAAUCGCGGUCUGGAGCCCACUGCUGUGGUGGACGUGAAGGAGGUGAUCAAGUCUUCUCUGGUCAACAUUCCCAAGAUGACGCUGACACUCUACUACUCAUCCUCCUGCCUGUGUCCUAAGCUGACUCCUGGAGAAGAUUACAUCAUUAUGGGCUACGAGGACGGUGAAACCUCAAAGUUGCUCCUGAUUGACAGGUCCAUUGCUCAGAAGUGGAAGGAUAGAAUUGGCAGGAAGGUCAAGAGAUGGAACCAGAUGCUGCACAGGAGAAUUCAGAGUCGCCACUGAGAUCUUCCGACUUUGUGUGCGUGUGACCGUGUGUGUGUAGAUAUUGCACUAUUACAGGCUGUUGUAGCUGAAUGUAGUUCAUCUCUUCAUCUGCCACUGUUUGAAGUCAGUUUUGUCAUUUACUUCCUUUGCACAAACAUCAAUUAGUGUGUGAGUGUGUGUGUGUGUGUGUGUGUGUGUGUGUGUGUGUGUGUGUGUGUGUUCGUGUGUACGUGUGUGUGUGUGUUCGUGUGUAUGUGUGUGUGUACACCUAAAGCACUCAGUUAAGAGGGAGGAGCUUAAAAUUGCGUGCAGCCAUGUACUUUUAUUUUUUACUUUUUCCCCCUGCGGUGGCUGUGUUGGCUACACAGCUCCUCUUCAUGGUUACAGUUUUUAUCAAUCCUGGAUGUUGGCCAUGUUACCAUGGUGAUGGGAUGGACAACAUUUGAAUGAUACGAAAGCCAUUUGGACUUGGACAUUUUGAAUACAUCUGUAGCCAUGACCUGCCUUCCACUGAGCUCCUAAGAAAAUGAAACGUGGAUAUCUGUGCUUUGUUCAGACAGCAGUGUGAGUAGAAAGCAGCAGAAACUUGUUUUCCUGAAUAUCAUUAGAUCCAGUUAUCAAUGGAUUACUGAAUGGGCCUCAUGAGCACAGGUCACAGCCUUCUGUUUUGGCAAAUUCCAACUUUAAAAUCUGCAAAGAGCUUCAAAACAGUCACAUAGAUGUGUAAAAAGACAGUAAAUGACUGCAAAGAUAUGGAUAACAAGUUGAAGACUAACAACCAUAUAAAGAGAUACAAAUUAUCAAAACUCUGUGUGGCACUGUUUUAAAUAAAAGAAAAGCCCUUUUUAAAAUUGCCUGUAAAAUUCACAUUUUGCAAAUUUGUUAGACAUGAAUAACACAUUUUUAAACAUUUUGUAAAGCUUUUUAUAACCGUUUUUUUAAAGCAGUUGUACGUAAAGAAUAAAACCAAAAAUCUUACUGCUUUGAUAUGGCAUUCAGUAUUAUGAUUUCUUGUUGGCUGAUGGUUUACGUGGGCAUUAUGGGGGUGGGGGGCAGAUGUAGGACAUCAGUUCCAUUAUGCUUUUGUUUAACAAAUGUUUAUUCUCCCCUCAAAUCUGACCAGCAAACAUAUUCUAACAUGAAUUUACUGUUUUGGUACCUGUUAAAAAUUAGUACUAUAUUUGUGCGACCCACACCGUGACCAAUAAAGACUUUUUUUUUUUUCUAAGUAAAAUUUUAAAUAGAAGAGGAAUGUGACCGUAACUUAAAGAGAGAGUUCACCCCAAAAUAAAAUGGAAUCCACCAUAUCACCGUGCAUAAGGAUGCCUGCGUCUGCUCGUGACAGGAUGUAAACGCUGAUGGCGUCACCCUCGUCAGAACUGUAGUGUUGGUAGUGUCAAUGUUUCUAUGUCUGAUAUAUCCAAAACUGGACGUUCUGCACCAAAAAUAUUCAUACAUUUACAUACACAUCUCAGUACAUGUGAAAGCCAACUGUGGGCCAUAAAACCUUUUUUAUAUUUGCAAGGGGUCUUUCAUCAUUUGACUAAAAAAAAUUAUGAAUAUGUGAUAAAUUCAUAAAAUGACAGUCGCGAGUCAGAAAACACACACGAUGGCAGACAAAAAGUCCUUAAAUGUGUGCUUGUUGCAUUUCUCUUAAAUUCGGUAAUAUUAAUCUGUAUUACAUGGAUCCUGUAUUGGUACAUAUCUCUUGUGGAGCACAAAAGCUCCACCAACAUUAUGUCCAAACCUAUUUAUGAAGGGCAGCCAAUCAGAAGAAGGUGAUCUUGAAUGGCAUGCGAAGGGAGCUAAAAUAGACUGCACCAAGGCCAAGAAAAAUAAGGAUUAUCUUGAGCUGAGAAUCAUCCAAAGCUAACUGAGUAGAAUCCAAAAAUAUAAUAAAAAAAAAUCAUGUUGGUAAUGUUAGAAAACGGAAUGGUUAACCAGUUUUAACAUUUCUCGUUUAAAAUUGUAGGUAGAUAUUAAAAAAGGGACUUUGUAACACGUUAUUUUUGUUGCGACUAAACUCUAGGCUUUUAUUGGAGUUCUCUGUGGACGCAGCCAUUGACUUUGUGCAAGAGGCAAAGUAAAAACGUAUUCCCAUUAUGAUAUUCACAUACUAUAUACUGACAUGUAGCACACAUGAAGUGCAUUACCUUGACAUAAUGUGCUGUUGGGUUGGCCACAAAAUCUGGGGAAUGGAUAUAAUGAUGAUGAAGCAUAUAAAAUAAUGGCUUUUGCACAGAUUGACAAUAAAAAUACUCUACUGUUGGUCGUGUGACCAAGGUAAGUUGGCGUCAUUUGCCUUAAGCAUUCCCUUUUGUGUGUGUGUUUUGUGGUUUUCUUCUCAGAGGAAUGGCAGGCUUUGCAGACUUUUCCUUGGAUGUUAAUCUCUUACAUCUGAAAAAUGUAUGAGCAUCACCUCUACUUUUAAAGUCAUUUGAAAAACUUUUUUUGUUGUUGUUGUCACAGCAGCCAUCCAAACUGUUACCAUUCCCACCUGUGCUGUCCCUACUCUGACAGAUGUGAUCAGUGAGCAAAGUCUUUUUCUUUUCUUUUUUUUUUUAAUUGAACUGCAAUUUGCUGCUGCUGCUGUCUGAACACAGCCUCAAAUAAACAGUAUUCUCAUUAUCGCACAGUAACUCUGUUCAUGUAAACACACUAACACUCAGUGCCACACUACUCUGUACGAACACCCUGAUAUGUUGAAUUCUGGACUUCUCGUAGCAGUGUGAACCAUUAAACAUUUAGACAAGA